AUGUAUAAUUUUGAAAGUUUUCGCCUUUCACGCAUAUUUUGGUGGAGUAGGAUAUUAAAAAUAUCAGUACUAUUACUAUUAAUAGUAAAUACAUGCACGGGACAGCAAGUAAAAUGUGACCAAACUCCGCCACAAGCAACGGUGCGGACGCCGAGCGAAAAUAAGGGCAUUUACAGAAUGAGCAUCAGCACUAAGGGCAAUGACACCAAUAUCUACCGUCCGGAUCAGACUUAUGUUUUAAAGCUUACAACAAAUAAUUCGACGCGACCAUUCCGUUGGUUCAUGAUAACCGUGGAAGACCCAGAAGUCGACAACACAACAUAUGAGUUUGACCACAAGUCCGUAGACGUAGGAAGCCUAAAAACUAUAGACACGCACAAGCAGUCUAGAUACAGUGAGCGGUGUUAUUACUCUGUGGAAAAUACUGAUAAUUCCGAUAAAUAUAAAGUUGAGGUCCAUUGGGUAUCUCCGAAACAAAAUGAGCACAACCAGAAGGUCCGCCUGCGCGCGAUGGUGGCUGAAAACGAAGAGGUCUGGCACACCGGAGAGAAUCUCACUAUUUUGCUGGAAAAAGAUGAUCGGAGACCUUUAGACAGCCCUCCGUAUUCACCUGUAGAUACUUGUAACCUUUGCAGUGAAGCUAGAUAUGAGGUAAUUUUCAAAGGUCGUUGGUCAAGAAUGACACAUCCUCGCUACUAUCCCAGUAGACCUGAUGACAACGGCUUCAGCCACAUGGUUGGAGCUUCACAUUCGUACUCCUACAUUUUAUGGCAGCCUGGUGAUAAAGCCAGCCCUGGGUUGAAGAAACUUGCUGAAGAGGCUGAUAUCAGCGUCGUUGAGAGGGAAAUUAUUAAUGCUAUGUCCCCCCAAAAUGGUACCCGAACUCUAAUCCGGGGUAAACGCCGCUACCACCCUUACAUGUGGGAGCCAUCCCACUCUCUUUUCCGUGUGGACAAGGUGCACCAUUUAUUCUCAGUGUUGGUGGCGAUGAAGCCAUCCCCAGACUGGUUCCUGGGGGCCACCAGGUUCGAGCUGUGUACCGAUGUAGGGUGGUUGGAGACGUCCGAAAUACCACUGUAUCCGUGGGACGCGGGGACGGUUGAUGGGAUCUCUUAUGAGUCGCCCCCCUCAGUUACCCUUCCCGUGGAUGCAGUGGACCGUGUAGCAGUAGGCUCUUUCAACAAAGAGUCGCCAUUUUACCAAAUGAAUCUUAACGAACUAAAACCUUUCGCGUUCUUGCAAGUGAGGCGCCUUGAUGUGUAUCCGCUGGUCGAUGAAGACUGUAAUGAAGAACAAGAAUCGGAAGCUGAAGAAGAAAAAAAAGCGGUUGAAGAGAAAGACGAUGAAGAGGAAGACGAAGAACCAAAAACAUUAGAAUCAAGACAAGGGCCCCAAGACUGUAUUUUGGGGCCAUGGGGCGAAUGGGCCGAAUGCGUCCCCGAUUCAGGUGCGUGUGGCCUUGGGACGCAAAUACGGUCGAGGGAAAAACUCAAGUUGUAUUAUGAAAGUUAUCAAGUGGAUGACAACAACCAACAUUUUGGUUCAUGUCAGCAAAAUUUGGAGGGCUCUGUGCAAUCUCGACAGUGUUUUGUUAAUUGUUAAAUUUUCAGGAAAAUUAAAAAACAAUCUACUCAUAUUUUGUAGCAUUUUUUCUGGUAUUCUUUAAGUAUAACUUAAGCAUAAAUUUUGAAUACAAUUGCGUGCCUAUAUGCAAUAUAAAUAAAUAAAUAUACUUGUACUUA